GGUGAUGUCAUGUGUUUUGAUAGUUAGCAAUGAGGAAGAAACUCCAUCUAAACAAAUUCUAGGCAUUCGUUUUUGUUUUGGGUUGUUUAUAGUUAAAAUUAUUAUUCAUCGUGUAAAAUUUUAUAUUAAUUGUUAUAUUUCAAGACAUCUUUAAAAAGCUAAAUGGAGGACAAGGAGCAAGAGACAAGUAAACAGAAUGGAGAGUCAGACAAAACGGAUAUAGUCUAUCGAGAGAUUCAAUGCAUUUUUGGAUGGGUUGAUGGUUUAGAUAAAGCUUCGCUUAUGAGGAACUUAAAGAAACAUAAUCAGAAUCCUAGUGGAUCAGUAGAUUGCUUAAAGAAGCGAUUAAAAAACUAUUUAAAAAAAAAGAAGUUAGCUUCUGCCAAUAUUUCUUGUAGCGAUAUAAAGACACUUUUUCCAUAUUACGUUGUCUUGGAUUUUGAAGCAACAUGCAAUGAGGUCAAUCCAGCGGAUUUUCCGCAUGAAAUCAUCGAGUUUCCAGCUGUUUUAGUGAACACAGAGAAGCUGUCAAUCGUAGAUCAUUUCCAGGCGUUCGUCAAGCCUGUCAUCAACCCCCAGUUGUCACCCUUUUGUAAAACUCUCACAGGCAUUACACAGGAACAAGUAGAUGCGGCUUCAGAAUUCCCCGCGGUGUUGGAUCAGUUUGAGCGAUGGCUCGCCAAACACAAAUUGGGGACCAAGAACAAGUAUGCCAUGGUCACCGAUGGUCCUUGGGAUAUGGGGAGGUUCCUGUAUGGCCAGUGUAUUCUGUCUGAUAUUCCAUAUCCGUACUUUGGCAAGAAAUGGGUCAAUCUGAGAAAAUGCUUUUCUGGUUUCUACAAGUGUGAAAGACUGAGGCUGCAACUUAUGCUAGACAAGCUGGAGAUGGAAUUUGUGGGGCAUCCUCACUGUGGACUAGACGACGCCACUAACAUCGCCCACCUGCUGAUCCGCAUGAUCAAGGACGGAGCGGCUAUUGACAUCAAUGAGCGAAUCACACUGCGCUACAAGCUCGACCCUCCUACCCACACGAACGAGAACGCUGCCAACACCUCCAACAAGUCAUCGUGGCCAGUGAAGCCAUUGUACACAGAUAGCCAGACUCGCACGUACUCGCAAGCCCUGAGAGACAAGCAGCGAGCGGCCGACACCAUGUCCAGUCUCAAGGCUGACCUACAGCGACACCACAUACAGGCCUCCAGUUGAUCCCACCCACCAUUUUCUUUUUUACUCUUGAAAAACAUAAAAAAAUCUAUUAUAUAAUUAUAUAAAAAAUAUUAUAUUUAUUUCAGGUCAUUAAAAUGCUAUUACCACUAUA